ACAUCCAGGAAGGUUCAGUCUGUAGAACCCUCCACAGCCCGAACCACACCAGAACCAGACCCCACACGUAAAAGUCAAGAAGCCCCCCCAGCUCCAGCAGAGCAGGACAAGUUCUUCUCCAUGAUCAGUCACUCCCAGAGAGGCCGUAUGGAUGAGCAGCGCUGCUCCAUAGACCCCAGCAGGAGCUCCCCCUCCACACCGAAGAAAACCUCCACAGUUCCCUCAGGCCCUGAAGGUGACCAGUUCUUCAGGCUCCUGGCCAACACUCAGGGCCGCAGGCUGGACGACCAGCGCGUGACACUGCCUUCGUUACCAGGGAUACAGAAAGCAAGUAGCACGUCAACGGCUGGACAGGACUCAAACUACCUGUGUUACAUGGUCUCCAAAGUCCAGAGUUCCCGGAUGGAGGAGCAGAGGUGUUCUUUACCCCACAUCCACUUGAGCCAGGGGUCUCCUGCUGCCCAAAGGAAGAACUGUCUAGAACCAGGCUCUUCCAGCAGAGGUCCUCCAAGAUCUGCCUCCUUUAGCCCAGGCUCAGAGAUAGAAAGGCCCCAAAUCAAGGAUAAACACACCCAGGCUCCAAACGUACCCCCGGCGGCGGAGCAGGAUAAGUUCUUCUCCAUGAUCAGUCACUCUCAGAGAGGUCGUAUGGAUGAGCAGCGCUGCUCCAUAGACCCCAGCAGGAGCUCCCCCUCCACACCGAGACACAGUGGCAGCACAGUGCCGUCAGGUCCUAAAGGUGACCAGUUCUUCAGGCUCUUGGCCAACACUCAAGGUCGCAGGCUGGAUGACCAGCGCGCAACUCUGCCAGCAGCGCCACACAUUCAAAAUGGAGGAAGCACAUCCAAGUCUGGACAGGACUCAAACAACCUGUGUUACAUGGUCUCCAAAUUCCAGGGCUCCAGGAUGGACGAACAGAGGUGCUCUGCACCGCACAUCCUCCAGAGCCUUGGGACCCCAUCUGCCCAGAAGAAGUCCCAUUCCAGACCUGACACCCAGGCUCUAGAUACAGGCCUGGGCCCACUGAGCCACGCACCCCAGAGGUCAGCCUCCUUCAACCCCAUCCCCAAAAAAGAAAGACCUCACAGCAACACCAGCCACCACCAGCAGACGGAGCAGGACAAGUUCUUCUCCAUGAUCAGUCACUCCCAGAGAGACCAUAUGGAUGAGCAGCGCUGCUCUAUAGACCCUAGCAGAAGCUCCCCCUCCACGCCGAAAAACACCAGCCGUAUACCAACAGGUCCAGAUUCUGAGAAAUUCUUCAAACUCUUGGCUAAAACUCAGGGCCGCAGGCUUGAUGACCAGCGAGUAUCACUUCCCUCGUUACCGGGGAUACAGGGGACUUCAAGAAGUGCAAACACAAAAGAUUCUUGUGUGGCUCCUCAAAACAUUCGGACUGAGGGCUCUCCAGUUACACUCAGAAAGGUCCAGUCCAGACCAGUGCCUCACUGCCAGACCUUUACUAAGCCAGUUUCUCCUAGAGGACCACCCAGAUCUGCCUCUUUUAGCCCUGCCUCAAAUUAUAUGAACUCACAGAAUCCUCCAGCUCAGGUGACCUUGACGUUGUCCAUGAGCUUCACGCCACAACAGGUAUUUUUAUAGCGUUUGAGUGUUUCAUAAUAGAGUUGGAAUGGAUGACACUAGAACUUGAAAUAAACAGUUUUAUAUCCACCAUAUAGGGACGCAAGGCUAACAACCAGCCAUGCACAUUUCCAGAAGUCUUUCUCACACUCGGAGCCCCCGGAGAAUCUCUUGUCGUCCCGCUGAGUCCAGCUCCAGGAAGACCUCUCUCCCUCAACCUAAACCUGGUUCCAAAAGAGGAAAGUCAUUCAAGGCCCUCUUCCCCAUGCAAGCCAAGCCCAAAACACCCAAGAUCCCCAAGGCCUUCCUCCCCUAAUCCAGGAGCUAAGCCUUCAUCCAGUAGACCUGUCUCACCCCAUCGGGAUGCACAGAGGCGUCAUGCAUCCCCAAGCAACAGUUCUCCUAUGACUAGCCCAUUAAGUCCAGAUGAGGACUACUUCUCCCUGAUACAGAGAGUUCACACCGCACAGCUACAGAAGGGCUUGGAACAAGGGGAAGGAGACAAGAAAGGAGUUCCUGGAAAGGCUAAAGGAAAGGGGGAUGCAGGGAAGGCAAAGGGAAACCCAGGAAAAGGGGAUGGAAGGACAGACAAGAAGGAAGGUGUCAGGAAAAGAUAGUAACAAUGAAUUUAUCGUUGUCAAAAUUUUGGGGGGCAAUUUAGCUAUUUAUUUGAAAAUAAAUAAAACUUGUAUGGCUGUUUUAUUACGUAGGCUAUGUGCAAGUAUUUUAGUUGGCACUGUUUGAAAUGAUGUACUUUUGUGUUUUUAUGACGUGAACCACGAGUCAAUUG